UCGCCUUUGCUUUCGCUUCCCCGCCGCCCGCGUUUCCGGCUGGCGGGCGCAUGCGCGUAGAAGAAGAAGGGAGGAAGGAAGAAAGAAAGAAGCAUGGCCACUGGGGUGAAGCGGAGGAAGGCGGAGGGGCCUUCAAAGUCCCGGCUGGUGGAGGAGGAGGAAGAGGAAGACAGCGACGACCAGGAGUCCGAUUCGGAAUUGGAGAGUGAUGGCGAGGAGGACGAAGAAGAAAUUAACGAGGAAGUAAACAUCGAAUUUGAAGCACAUACAAUAACUGAUAGUGAUAAAAAUGGAAUGCAAAAGUUACUUCAACAGCUAUUUCUAAAGGCUCCUAUUAAUAUAGGUGAUCUGACUGAUAUAUUGAUACAACAAAAUCACAUUGGAAGUGUUAUUAAGCAAACAGAAGUCACAGAGGAAAGUGAUGACGACGAUGAUGAUGAGGUUUUUGGCUUUAUAAGCCUUUUAAAUUUAACAGAAAGAAAGGGUACUGAAUGUGCUGAGCAAAUUAAAGAACUGGUCUUAAGUCAAUGUGAAAAGAACUGUGAACAGAAUUUGGUUGAGCAGCUGGAUAAGCUUUUAAGUGACACCACUAAGCCUGUGGGCUUCCUACUAAGUGAAAGAUUCAUUAAUGUUCCUCCCCAGAUUGCUCUGCCUAUGCACCAGCAACUACAAAAAGAAAUAGCAGAAGCUCAGCGUACAAACAAACCUUGUGGCAAAUGCUACUUCUACCUUCUCAUUAGCAAGACUUACACCAAUAAGAAGAAUGCUAAAAAAAGAGGAAGUGGUACCCACCAGAAAGCGGAGCUAAUGUUUUCAAAUGCCGAAGAAGAAUUUUUCUAUGAGCAAUCAGCGCUGAAAUUCAGUUAUUCAGUAGAAGAAGAGAGUGACUCAUGUUUGGGAGGCAGAUGGUCUUUUGAAGAUACACCUAUGAAGCCUUUACGAACAGUGAUGGUAGUCCCUGCUGACAGGAUGAGUGCCGUCAUGGAGAAGUUCAAAGAAUACCUUUCUGUCUAGACCAUUUUCUAUGCAAACUGUAUUGAAGGAUGAAGUCGUCCUGUAAGACGUUGACAUUUGAGUCAUAAAUGGACAUUUUUUUAAAAAAGUAGUUUGCAUUCUUUCAAGGUUUCCUUCAUAUUGUAAAUGUCAGGUAUAUAUCUGCAAGAUCUUUAUAUGCUGUGAGUUGUCAUUUAAAAUUGUGCAAUUGGAAUUUUUAAAUAAUUGUCAAUAUUUAUUUGCUGCAUACUUUUCUUACUGACUUCUGCAUGCUGAAUAUAUUGUAGAUUUAUUAUAUCAACUGCUAGAAGACAUUUAUGAAAUUAAUUGAGAUUGCCAGGAUAGGCUACCUGACGUUCAAAAUGUAAAAUUACCUUCUAGUGCUCACUAUUGCUCUACAUUAUCCAUAGCGAUGAGACUUUAGCCAUUUCUAAUGAGUUACAUGUUGCCUAUCAUUGAUACGUGGAAUUAUUUUUGAACAAAUCACAGUGAAUUCUACUUUUUUAAUAACUAUAGUAUGUAUAAGACUGAUAUGCCAGAGAGUACAAUAAUCACCAUAUACACAGCCUUCAUUGAUUAAACCUGGUCACAAGAUAGAGAAAAUUAAAUGCAGUGCUACAUUUUAUCUUGUUUUAUGUAAUAUUUAGCUUUUACAGUUGUGUUUUUGAAGAAUCUCCAUAGUUUGGACUUGUUAUUUUACACAAGUAUUCUCUUUAUUGUUCUCUCUCUCUUUAAUCUAUGGCCCAUGUAUCGUGUAGUUAUC